AUGUUUGCAUUCUUCUCCAUUCGGCCUAGAGCCAUUGGGGCCUCCGGACUGUUUAAUCAGAUUAGGCAUGCUUCAUCCAAGCGCUGGCAGGCCCGCCAACAAAAGGAUCAAUUUACCAGAGAGGCAGCAGUGCAAGGCCUGAAAAGCCGAGCUGCGUUCAAGUUGUUACAGAUUGAUGAAAAGUACCGGAUAUUCCGACGUGGACAAACCGUUGUCGAUUUGGGCUAUGCACCAGGAUCGUGGUCACAGGUAGCCGUGAGCCGGACACAGCCAAACGGCCGAGUCCUCGGCGUAGAUAUCAUUCCCGCACAACCACCAAAAGGCGUUUCGACCAUUCAAGGAAACUUUCUCUCGCCUGAAAUUCAAGAAUACAUCCAAGAUUUCUUGCGCAACCCGAACCGGGGUCGACCGCGUCAGCCCGGUGCCAUCGACGACGCCAGUUCCAGCUUGCUCGAACCAACUAGCGAUGCAGAGGCCGAUGGCACAGGAUCUGAGGAUGGGGGAUUGGAAAGGACGGUGGAUGUGGUUCUCAGCGAUAUGUCUGCUCCCUGGUACCAGACAUCCGGUUUCUGGAAACGAAGUCUAAGUAAUCCCUAUCACAGGAUGAUGAACACCAGCGGAAAUAACUUUAGAGAUCACGCCGGGAGUAUGGACCUUUGUAAUGCUGCGUUGAGCUUCAGUUCGAAGGUUCUUAAGGCAGGCGGGCAUUUUGUCUGUAAAUUCUACCAGGGAGCAGAGGAUAAGGAGUUGGAGAUGCAUCUCAAAGAUAUGUUUCAGAAGGUUCAUCGACUUAAGCCUGAAUCAUCACGCAGCGUACGCCUUGUUCCAUUUCCCCCAAACUCCACCGACUGUCAACUAAAUAAAAGGUAA